GCAGGUGUUGCUCUCCACACGCCUCGCUUCCCUCCCACCGAUUUCAACCUGCCCUGCUUCACAUCACAAAGACCUUCAUCCUUUCUCUCCUUAAACUACCAAAGCAUUUAAAGGACACAAGGUGUAUGUAACCUUCAAGCUUCAAAUUCAAACUCAAUUAUCAAAUCAAAUUUUCAAUUACUCAAACUAGCUAAGGUUAAAAAAAAGGUUUUGUUAUGCCAUCAUUCAAAGUUUGUCUAUUGGCAUUGUGUUCAGAUUUGUGUAUUCAUGCAAAUACAACAAACCACAAACAAAUGCUGAAAAUAAAACCAGACUAACCCCAUCUUUCGUUCACCUCCCAGCCUACUGUAUGCUUUUCCUGGACUUUGUCUUGGCCCUAAAGUGUCACAAUCAUGGCCGGUUCCAUGUUAAUUUUCAGCUCAGCACAAUAAAUCAUUAUAAAGUCAAUCUUUUCAAUAUCUUCAUAUUGGUCUCCUAAUUUUUAAAGCCCCUCCGUGCACCUCUGUAUUUGAUCGGGGCCACAGGCCUCUCUGUAAGCUGAGCUGUGUUGAGGGAGACUUGGGCCAUCUGAUCCACUCACAAUGACAUGACUUCUCAGCACUCCACUGAUCAGAUGUCCCUCUGUACCGCUAAGAGUCUCACUGUGUAAUAGUGAGAGUUAAGAAGACCAGAGGAGAACCAAAAUGAACAGAUCAACAGAAAGACAAAGUUUCAAGCUAAUCAGACAACAUGGACUUUAUAACUCUAUUAGUCAAAUCUGAAAUCAACUGUAUAUGUUUGAGUGCUGUUAAGAUGAGUGUAUGAAGUAAGUCAUGGCUAAUCCAGAGGAGCUUGAGUCUACAGCAGGUGUAGAUGCUGGGGCUGAUGUCAAUGGAGGAUCUAUUUCCUGUAGAGACACAACACAAACAGAUGGUCAGGGAACAACUGAUCAGACACAUCCUCAGAAAAUAGAGGUCGUUUCUGUAACUGAGGAGGACAUUCCUUCUGUGGACACCCCAACUCUGCUCAAGGCCAGUCCACUGGACAGUUCAAGUGCCAGUCCCAGUCCUGCACAAGAUGACAGCACCAUUAAACCAACCAAAGACCCUCUAACAGAAACCCCCUCAGCCCAACCCAGCCUUUCAAUGCCAGUUACCAAAGUCCAGCCCUUUGUUGCAGCUGAGGAGAAAACACUUCGGGGAAGACUGUUUGCACGCAGGAUGGAGAUACUGAUCGGGGCUUGCAUCAUGCUCACUCUCAUUAUUGUACUUGGAAUUGGAUUGGGCGUUGGAUUAAGCUGCACAGGAAAGUUUCGAUGCGGCUCCUCUGGUGUCAGCAUGUCGGCACAAUGCGAUGGGCAUUUUGACUGUGAACACGGAGAAGAUGAGCUCAGCUGUGUGCGUCUGAGCGGGAAGAGCUCUGUACUUCAGGUGCUCAUUGAGGGCGUCUGGAGAACUGUUUGUGCUGAGAACUGGGACGCUGACCUUUCCCUCGCUGCUUGCAAACAGCUUGGAUAUUUGAGAUAUGUGGAAUCAAAAGCUCUUCCACUGUCGUCUGUUGAGCAGGCCUUCCAAAGUAACCUGGUGUCAAUAAGUAUGAACCACACAAAUGUCCAGCAGGCCAUCAAGAUACACAACAUAUCCAGUUUCAGUAAAACUCAGUGCAGUCUGGGGAUGAUAACAACACUUAAGUGCAUAGCUUGUGGCACCAGACCUAAGUUCAGUGCUCGUAUAGUUGGCGGUAACCUGUCGGUUGAGGGUCAGUUCCCCUGGCAGGUGAGCCUGCACUUUCAGAAUGAGCACCUGUGUGGAGGCUCCAUUAUAUCAUCUCGCUGGAUACUGACUGCUGCACAUUGUGUAUACGGGUUUGCAUACCCUGUUCUGUGGACGGCCUAUGUAGGUUUGAUUGAUCAGCCGGUUAAUGCGGCCCAGUCCCUCGCUGUGGAGAAGAUCGUUUACCACAGUCGCUACAGACCCAAGGGCUUGGACCAUGAUAUAGCUCUGAUGAAACUGGUGCAGCCCCUCAACUUCAAUGGUUUUGUAGAGCCUAUUUGUUUGCCGAACUUUGGGGAGGAGUUUGAGGAUGGCAAAAUAUGCUGGAUCUCAGGAUGGGGUGCCACAGAUGAUGGGGGUGAAGGGAGUGUAUCGCUGCACUCAGCAAGAGUCCCACUGAUCUCUACAAAGGCCUGCAGUCAGCCGGAGGUUUACCAGGGUUAUUUAUCACCAGGCAUGAUCUGCGCAGGGUACUUGGAGGGGGGAACAGACUCCUGCCAGGGUGACAGUGGUGGCCCACUGGCUUGUGAGGAUUCAUUCACAUGGAAAUUGGUGGGAGCCACGAGCUGGGGACAAGGCUGUGCAGAGAAAAACAAACCUGGGGUUUAUACACGUAUCACACAGUCCCUCACCUGGAUACAUAUGCAGAUGGAGAGAGAAGAAAUGCAGCAUCCGUCUACUACAAGCUCUGAUUACUGAAACAUACAGUUUAAUUAUGGGGAGUAACGCACUUCAGGGAGCUGAAUCCAGGCAGAAAAGACAAACCCUGGUCACUGUAUGUCAUAUAGAGGCACAGCAUAAGAAACCAUUAUAUUACAUGCAAUCAAAUCUGUAAAAGUUUUAUUUGGUGUAAGUAGUCUUAUACAGUACUUGCUAUUGUUUUAAGAAAUACCUGCCAAACAAUCCUCUGAUGUGUCAUGAAUGAGUAAAUACACAAAUAUUUCCAGAGACACAAGUGACAAGGUGCUUAUGUCUAAUAUGCAAUAAAUAU